AGAGAGAGAGAGAGAGGAGGGAGGGGAGGGAGGUGACUGCCAGCCACAUGAUGCGGUUCAGAGAAGUCGCGCAAACUAUUUAUUAAAGGACAGAAAAACAGGCGAGAAGAGUGGAACUGUGUGUGUUGUGUGUGUUUGUGUGUUUGUUGUUGUCGGCUCAGUUGGGACCAGGAGACUCUUCAUCAGCAGUGUGUGAAGCGAUGAUUAUCUUCAGAUGAUGACCUAAACUCGUCCUUGCUGAAACAGAGACUCUGUGUGUUGUACAGCAUUAUUUGGAGGCCAUGUUGUCUCCCACAGCAGAAGGCUUGCAGUCUGUUCACGAGUGGCUCGGGGGGCUCCGCCUUGAUCAGUACAGUCCGGCCUUCCAGGAGGUGGGUCUAGGAACUGUUUGGGAAUGCCGGGAGCUGACUGCCUGUCAACUGGAGCACAUGGGUGUGGCUUUGCCGGGCCACCAGAAACGCAUUCUGGGGAGCCUUCAGAAGCUCUUUGCGUCAGAACGAGGGCUUAGUGGAGAGGAAGAGGAGGAGGGGUAUAGGCCUAUUCCAAGGGAAAGGACGAAAUUCCGUGCUUCUGCAGGGACUGACUCGGAGGUGAACUGCUCACAAACCGUUGAACCACAAGAUCAGAAACCAAACCUUCCCACUAAUAAUUCUGUGACUCACAAGAAAGGUCCGCCUCCAAUCCCGCCUCGGGCGACUCAGAAUUGUCCUCCGGUACCAUUCUCAACUGUUUCUGUUACAGCAGCGAUGACCACCGGGGACGUGUCUGUGACUCCUAGCAAUCUUGCAUCUGUAUCUUUGACCAAGGCAACUCAGCUGAGACCCGUGCCCACUCCAGUUCCUGUUCCAGUUCGGCCCCAGCCACGAAACUUGCCUCUUGCUCCGAGGCGGCAAACUGGAGAUAGGAAGCCAUCACCCGUCUCGCCAUCACCCGUCUCGCCAUCACCCGUCUCGCCAUCACCCGUCUCUCCUUCCUGUUCUUCCUCAUCAUCAUCAUCAUCAUCAACAGAACAGUUCCACCUGUAUGAACAGUGUUCUUCACCGGGUCAUGCUGAAUUGGGUGUUCCUCCUCUCCCUCCAAAGUCAUAUGCUGUAAUGACCCCUAGAGAGCCUAAAGUCACCCCGCCUGCAAGACCCCCCCGGAGACCACCCAUACCCCCCCGCACCACCACAGCAGCCACCAGUAAAACUACUGUGCUGCCCCGGAGCCCGACAGCGCUGAGCUCGUCUCCAGCAGAUGAUCUGUGUGGUCUCGACGUCACGGCCCAAAUAAAAACUUGUGUAGAAACUUCUCAGCUAGCGUCUGUGUUAGCACCCUGUCAGAGACGGUUGGACUCCACAGGCAGUUCAGACAGCUAUGAGGAGCUUGACAUGGCAAAGUGUGCAGACAGUGAUCGUAUAGAAAUGGCAGAUAAGAACAUGUUUCUGCCACUUCCCCGUGUCCGUAAGUCUCGGCGCAGCAGCCUGUACAGUGAUGAUGAGCUCCUGGAUGAGGACGAUGAGUCCGUGACGGAAAAGCGGCACUCGUGGAUCGAGGAUUACAGCCGACUCUCCGGCAGCCAGAACAGCAUCUACCUGCCCACCACAGGACGAGUGUUAGCUCCGCCCCCCAGGGAAGACUCCAGCCCCCAACUCAGUCCAGUCAUCAAGAUGGGCUGGCUGGACAAGAACCCUCCACAGGGGUCCCUGAUCUAUCAGCGGCGUUGGGUCAAACUGGACGCUGAUUACCUGCGCUACUUCGACAAUGACAAGGAUGUCUAUUCGAAGCGGAUCAUACCAACAUCCUCCAUCACGACAGUGACCAGUGUGGGAGAUCAGAAGUUUGAGGUGGUCACUCAUAAUCGCACCUUCCUGUUCCGGGCCGAGAGCGACUUGGAGAGGAAUGAUUGGGUGUCCGUGCUACAGGAGAUCAUCAGUUCAUCUCGCCUGAAGCCGAGUUCUGAGUUGACCCUUAACCCCUGUGUGACCUCAGAGAUGAAAGGUUACCUGGAGCUCCGGGGCCUGCGCUCUAAACUCUACACCAUAGUGUGUGGAGACAAAGUGUUCCUUUACAAAAAUGCUGAGGACUAUAAGCUGGGUAUUGGGAUCACGGCUAUAGAUAUGAAUGUGGGGAAUGUGAAGGACAUGGACAGAAGAGCAUUUGACCUUACCACGCCUUACCGCAUAUUCAGUUUUGUGGCAGAAACCGACCAGCUGAAGGACCAGUGGGUGGAGGCGAUGAGGAACUCCAUUGCAGAGGCUCUGUCUAACUAUGAGGUUGCGGAGAAGAUAUGGGCGGAGCCAGCCAAUCAGAAAUGUGCUGACUGUAGUGCCACCAAACCUGAGUGGGCAGCUAUUAAUCUGGGCGUGGUCUUCUGCAAGCGUUGUGCAGGAGAACACCGCAGUCUUGGUCCAAGCAUAUCAAAAGUACGGAGCCUCAAAAUGGACAGAAAGGUGUGGACUGAUGAUUUAAUCCAGCUCUUCCUGGAGCUAGGCAAUGAGCGAGCCAAUCAGUUUUGGGCAGCUAACAUCCCACCCAGCGAGGCCCUGACUCCGCACAGCAGCAGCGACGAGCGCCGGCGUUUUAUCACAGCUAAAUACCGCGAGGGCAAAUAUCGCCGCUACCACCCGCUGUUCGGCAACCAGAAAGAGCUCGACAACGCAUUGUGUAUUAAUGUGCAGUCUAAUGAUGUGUGUGAGACUCUCGCCCUUGUCUUUUGUGGUGCUGAUGUGAACUGUGACACAGGUAUCCCAGAAUUCCCUACUCCUGCCGCCUUGGCCCUGCACCACGGCCAGAGGCUGCAGGUGGAGUUCCUCACUCAGAACCGCAACAUAGAGAUUCCGAGGUCAGAGGUCAAACUUGCCAUGCACACAGAGCACUACAUGGCCCCGCCUUCCAUCACACACAACGGCUUCCUUUUUAAGACGGCCUCUAUGGCUCGUCCAAUCACAGAGCGCAAGAAUAAAGAAGAGUUCAGUAGGAGGUGGUGUGUGCUGAAUGAUGGACAUUUUAAUUAUUAUGAAAGUGAUAAGAACGCAACACCAAACGGAGGACUGAAGAUGAAAGAGAUUGUCUGUCUGGCUGUCAAUCCUCCUGAGACACACGGGUAUGAUCACUCGUUUGAGAUUUACUCAGAUGCAGAGCGUCUCUACCUGUUUGGGACGGACAAUCCCGACUCCAUGAAGGAAUGGGUCAAGUCCAUCGCCAAGUCAUUCAUCCCAGUGUGUGCUGAAGACCUGCUGCAGAAGGAUUUUGAGCGGAUUGGGCGUCUGCGCUAUAAAGACCCUCUGAACCUGGAGAGCUGGAGGUUGGGCUGGUUCUGCCUCGAGGCAUCUACGCUGCACGUGCGUUUGGAGGACAGUCAGAGCCACGAGAGCAUCCAGCUGCAGAAACUUCUUGAACUCUCGAGGGAUAAUGAAGUUCUGGUGCUUGUGGAGCGGGGCAGAACGCUGUACAUCGAGGGAGAGAGGAAGUUGGAUUUUCAUGGCUGGGCGUCGGCCAUCCAGAGGGCUGCUGGGAGUUCAGGAGAUACACUGAGUCAGCAGCAGCUCACUGAGGCAGAUAUACCGCUCAUAGUGGAGCGCUGUAUACAUUACGUCACGCAGUACGGCCUCACGUCAGAAGGUAUUUAUCGUAAGAGUGGUGUGAACAGUAAGAUCGCCUCCCUGCUGGAUGCCUUCAGGAACGACGCUCGCUCUGUGUGGCUUAAAGAGGGAGAGCACCAAGUGGACGACGUGUCCAACGUCCUCAAGAGGUUCUUCAGGGACAUCGAGGAGGGACUGUUCGGUCUGCAAUCACACAACUGGCUCAGCACUACGGCUCUCUCAGAUGAAAGCGGGAAGAUCUCUCAGUAUCAGCUUCUUUUUGAAAAUCUGCCUCGAGUUAACAAAGCCACACUACGCACACUGGUCAAUCACUUAUUCUGCGUGCAGCGGUUUUCAGAACUGAACCAUAUGAACCUCCAUAACCUGGCAAUAGUUUUCGGGCCGACGCUUUUCCAGACAGACGGUCAAGACUACAACGCAGGGCGCGUGGUGGAGGACCUCAUACAGCACUACAUCACCAUUUUCAGCGUUAAUGAACAACAGUUAAAGAGACAGCUUGAUGAAAUCACCUACAUCAUUAAGUUACGAGAAAACUUCAACCCUAAAACAGGACCGGCCAGUGGAGAUUUUAUCUGCACAGUGUAUCUGGAGGAAAAGAAGGAGACAGCUGAGCAGCACGUGAAGAUCCCGGCCACGAUGACGGCGGCUGAGCUGGCUUUCGAGAUCCUGGACCGCAGGAAGAUCAGCAUCAAGGAGAAGGACUACUGGUGCUGCUUUGAGGUCAAUGAGAAAGAAGAGAUGGAGCGUCCUUUGCACUAUCAGGAGAGGGUGUUGCCAAUCCUGCACAGUUUAGGGACAGACAGUAACCUGCUCAUCAAAAAGCACUAUGCCAUGGAGGCCAUGCUCAUCUACCUGGCCAGUAAAGUUGAUGUGACUAAACAUGGCAUGCUGAAGUUUAAAGAGGAGCGGAGUCUGCUGGGUCUGAGUACAGGAAGCUUCAAUGAUCGAUACUUCAUGCUCAACCAGACCUCACUACGACUCUACAAAGACGUCCGGAAUCUGCAGAAGCGUCAGAAUCAGGAGCUGCUGUGUAGUAAUCGGGCAGAGAAGGAAUGGCCUGUGAAGUGUCUGAAAGUCUAUCAGGGGAUAAAGAAGAAGCUCCGCCCACCAACAUGUUGGGGUCUGACUGUGGUGUAUGAAAGUGAGAAGCAUGAGAAGCAAGACAAACAGCAGUGGUAUCUGUGCUGUGACACUCAGACAGAGAUGAGGGAGUGGCUCGCUACGUUUCUCAGUAUACAGCAUGCGGGUCUCCUGUGGCCGGCGGAGUGGUCGAAGUCGCGUCCUGUCCCUCGUUCCUCUCCUCCGCUGGACUCUCGUCUCGGUAGCGUGUCGCUAAUUCCUCUGCGUGGUACUGAGAGUGAGAUGAGGAACAGCGUAGCUGCUUUCUCCGCCGAUCCCCUCGCCCUCUUAAGAAAUCUAUGAUCACGAAGUGACAAUGUCUGAGAAGAUGAAGAAUAUUCCAGAACGCAUGAACCAAUCAGACCAGCUGGGUUCAACGUGGUCUUAACGUGCUAGAUGGAUAUGGUUAUAUGUUGAUCCCUCACGUCAUCUUCUGGAAAGUUCUCCCAGCUGUUUUUAGACUUUGUAGACUUUAAACCCAGAGCCCUUCCUUCAUGUCACUUCCUGCAGCUGCACUGUUGGACAGCCAAUCACAAGUCCUUCUGGAAAGUUCUUCUGGAUAUUGUAAGUGUUUGUCAGACAAAUGUGAAGUUCUGAGAAGGUUUUCUGGAUCAGUAAAGCGUGGACUGUGGACCGCAUCAUGCUGUGUGUGAGAGAGAGCGAGCAGCUAUUGCACCGCUUUUAACUUUAAUCACGUUUAACUCUGCAGUCUGGACACAGUUCUACUGAAGUUAGUUUAAUACAGAAUAAAACACUCGAUAGCUGCAGGUGAAAGGAAUGCUGUUAGGAAUUAUUAACAUCUUAUUAACAUACACACACUCUCUCUCUUUCCUUCUCUCUCUCUCUCUUUUCUGGUAGUACUGUCUCUCCAGAUUAACCUUCUGAUUAUUAAAUUAUUUAUUUUAAUUUUUCUUUGUUCUGGUUGACUUUCGUUCACAACCAUUUCAUAAAAUCAUGUUCUGAGAAAUUGUGUGUCGUACAUUUGUACUUAAAUCAGAUUUUUGUCUUUCACAUUCCUACACUUUCGUUUCCUUUAUAUGUUUGUAUUGUAUUGUACCGGACUGUUACAGAAAAUGUAAUUAGUUAUAAUGAAUGUACAUUGAUUGAAUUAAAAGUUAUUAUUUAGUCUCA